UAGAGGUAGUUAUUUGUUAGAAAGUUUUAAUAUCUUCUAAGUACUGAAGAAUACCUAAUCUCGACAAUAAUAUUCUUGAUGACGUCGGUCGUUUUACAAUAAUUAUGUACAUUCAUUUACCUGCUACAUUUUUGGUUUAGUACAAAGUUGUACAUAGGUAACUAUUACUGAAGGUCUUAUGUAAAAAUUAGACAUUGAUAAAAACUCAAAGAGAACGAGCAGUGCCAAUACAGAAACGUUUUACCAACUUUUGUUAGUGUUUUAAAAAUGAAUGGCGAAAAGGUGGAAGAAAGGCGAAGUAAUCCCAGGCAAAGUGCAAGUCUAAUUUCUAGGAUAACUUUUUGGUACACUUACGACUUGUUUAAAAUAGGAUAUAAACGAGAGCUCGAAGAAAAGGAUUUGUAUGAAGUGCUUCCUCAAUUCAACACGUCUGAACUUGGGGACCACAUGGAACGGGAGUGGAAUCAAAGUAAAGAACAUAAGAAUGCUAUGUUUUUAGUUUUGUGGAAAAUGUAUGGCAAGUAUUACUGCACACUUAGUGUAACGAUGCUCUUUACAAUUGUACUUAACGUUGUCCGCCCCAUAAUCUUUGGCAAAUUGGUUUUCUUUUUCACUCCUGGACAACAAAGUCUAACUAAAGCGGAUGCUUUGCUUUACACUGCAAUUUUGCUUGUACUUCAACUAGUUGAUAUCAUUUGUAGGCAAAAUUACCUUUUCUUAACGGAAAAUUUAAUCAUCAAGAUUCGCACUGCGUUUUGUUCAUUAAUUUAUCGGAAAUUUCUUAAACUUCCAGUAAGUUGUUUACGCCACGUUAGCUAUGGCAAUGUUGCCAAUUUGAUAACAAGAGACAUCGGUGCAUUUGAUCAGUUCUUCCUUCACUUCACUUACGCUUGGUCUGGAAUCAUCUUUCUUCUAAUUUCAUGUUACAAUAUUAUUGUAACGUAUUGGUUGGCCAGCUGCCGUGGCAAUUCUUGCAUUUGCUGUAUUCAUUCCUCUUCAGGUUCUUGCAGGAAUAUGGAUCGCUUCACUCAAGAGAGAAACAUCUCAGAAAACAGAUAAAAGACUUCAAAAAUUUAAGGAAGUUUGUUCAAACAUUAGAAGCACAAAAAUGUAUGUUUGGGAAAAGUACGUGGAGAACAAAAUAUCUUUGGCUAGAAAGUAAGAGUUCUUUUUGAAAAAGCGACAAAUUGAGCAUGAAGUUUUUAGGGAAGAAAUGACUAUUUUAUUUAAAAUUUUUCUUUUGUUAUUUCUGUCUAUUGCAACGGGAAUCAUAGUUAUCAACGUAACAUAUUAUUUUGUUGUAAUGAUUAAUAUUUGGAUGGAUCAAAUUCUAACGGCGGAAGUCAUGUACUUCAUCAAUGGUAUAGUAGCCUGCAUAGAUAUUGUAGCCGUCCAUAGAGUCGAGAUUUGCGAAUAAAAAUAAAAUAAAACCGGCUCAAACGAAGCCGACGACGGCUUGCAAAUUCUGUCACUACGGCACGCGUCAUAUCACACAGGGGUGUAUUUAAGGCUGUUUGCACAAAAUCUUAGGGUCACUGUAAUCUUACUAUAUUCUAUCUACGACAAAGGAUUUGUCACACAGCUACGAAACCGAUGAUCUAGAGAAAGAUGGAAGUUUGAAAAUUUAUUUCAACAAGUGUAAUAACCGUUUGGUGCAACACAAUUGGUUCAAGCAAACUAAAAUAUGACAGGAAACAAACAGUCCACGUGGACUAGUUUAUAGUCGUGUUUGCUGCUAAGAUGACUAGGUUUUUCGCUCCACCUGCCUCCGCAACGAUGAAUAUACCAUAACAAGUUGUGGUAUGGUACAGUGAACAGAGCUUCGAUUUUAUUGACGAGAUUCAGCUCAGAAAUUAAGCAGAUUAUAUCAUGACGGAAGAAAUGACAUUUAAUAUUAAAUACGUCUCUGUGCAACGUGUGCCAGAGUGAUGUCAGACUUUGCAAGCCACCGUCGGCUCCGUUUGAACCGGUUUUAUUUUAUUUUUAUUCGCAAAUUUCGACUCUAUGGACGGCUACAAUAUCUAUGCAGGCUACUAUACCUUCUUGACACUCACUUUGACCAUAACAAUCGUAUUUCCCUUCGCAACAUUUAGUUUAUCCCAAGUAAUUAUUGCCAUUAAAAGAAUGCAAACUUUAGUUCAUACAUUAGAAACACAUAGCAAAAGAACGCGUCGUACAGUUAAAACAGAAACACCAGAAGUCGAAUUUUCAAAUGUGACAGUUAUAAUCGACGAUAAAACAAUUUUCGAAAAUGUUAGCCUUCAUGUUUUUUCAGGACUAACUCUAAUAACCGGACCUACCGGUAGCGGUAAAAGCGUAUUUCUUUUGACAAUGUUGAAAGAGUUUGAAAUAUCCGAUGGUAAAUUAUUUGUCGACGGGAGAUUGUCUUACGCAUCGCAGGAACCUUGGUUAUUUCCUGCCAGUAUCAAACAAAAUAUACUUGUCGGAAACAACUAUAAUCAUAAACGCUAUCAAGAAGUUUUGCAUGUUUGUGAUUUAAAUUAUGAUUUAGAUUUACUAGAAAAUGGUGAUUCUACUAUAGUAGUCGAUGGUGGAGUUAAUUUGAGCAAAGGUCAACGCAGUAGGAUUAAUUUAGCAAGGGCUAUAUAUCAAAACAGCGAUAUUUAUUUAAUAGACGACUGUCUGUCGAGUUUGGAUCCUUUAGUAUCCAACCAUAUUAUUAAAAAUUGUAUUUUAAAACUUUUGCGUGACAAAUUAGUUUUUCUCGUGAGCCAUCAUUCGGAUUUAAAACAUCAUGCUGCAAACAUUCUAAACCUUCGUAACGGAAAUGUUAACACACGGAAAAAUUAUUUAUCGAAUGAUGUAGAAAAUGACAAUCCAUAUAUCAUUCCACGUAUUCCCAAUACUUUAGUAAAAGCUGACAUAACUACGUCCAUUGAUUUUGAAACAGAGAAAUUGAACGAAACCACAAAAACGAAUAAAAUUUAUGCAGAAAUAAACAAAUCGGGUUCGGUCCCUUUAAAGGUUUACACGGAAUAUAUACGCAUGGGAGGUGGAAAAGCUACUUUUUUAGGAGUUUUUUGUAUUUUUAUUGUAACUCAAUUAUUAGUAAGUUACAAAGAUAAAUUAAUAAGUAACUGGGUAAACUUGGAAGACAAAAUUUCUCGAAAUAAUCAUACUAUUGGCAACGUAUCAUACCUACAUCUUGUAGAAGACCGUAACCAACUUUUGCGUCACUACACCGGUGCUGUUGUCGGACUGUCUGUCGCUACAUUAAUCAGAGGGUGGGCACUGUUUCAAUUUUCAAAAAGAAUAUCAGUGAGCUUACACAAAAGAAUGUUGAACUGUGUUAUUGGUGCUUCUCUUCAAUUUUUUGACACAACGUUUUUAGGAAAUAUUGUGAAUAGAUUUUCGAAAGACCUUGAUAGUGUCGAUGAAAAUAUCCCAUUCCCUCUAAACAAUUUGAUAUCUAUCGUCUUUGAAACUAUUGGAAGUAUUAUACUCAUUUCCUCGACCAACAUAAGACUACUUUUACCCAUCGCUUUACUUUUUGUGAGCCUAAUAUUUUUGCGAUGUGUUUACAUAAAAUCAGGAAGACCACUGAAAAGGCUAGAUGUCUCAACUAAGAGUCCUGUGCUUGGAUAUUUAAACGCCACAUUAGAAGGAGUGCCAACUAUAAAGGCUUUCGGUGCAGAAAAAAUUGUCACGAAGGAAUUUGAGACACACCACAACCUUUUUAAUUCGGCGUCGUAUUCAUACACUGCCACUUUGAAAGCUUUUGUGUUUGUGGCAGACGUGUUUGCAUCCUUCUUCGUCGCUGUGGUUAUUUUGCAAUUUGUUAUUUUUGACAGAGACGUGCUACCUGGAAACUUUGGAUUGGCAAUUUCACAGUCUUACGCAAUUUAUAAUGUAAUUUUCUACGGAAUGCAGAAGUGGGUCGAUUUAGAAACACAAAUGACUUCAGCGGAACGUGCAAUGGAAUAUACAACCAUACAGAAAGAGUCUGAAUCUGGAUUAGAAAUCGAGAAUUGGCCAAAUCUAGGUGAAAUUAAGUAUGAAAAUGUGUGCCUCUCUGUGAAUGAGUCUGGCUCAUACAUAUUAAAAAAUAUAAAUUUUCAUAUUAAACCUAACGGAAAACUGGGAAUUGUGGGGCGUACAUGGGCUGGUAAAUCGUCAGUUAUAUCAGCGCUUUUUCGUUUGUACGAAAUUAAAGGAAGAAUCACAUUAGACGGAGUCGAUAUUAAAACGCUGUCAUUACAUUUUCUUAGAUCGAAUAUUUCUGUAAUUCCCCAAGAUCCCCUCUUGCUUAGCGAAACACUACGGGAUAACAUAGAUCCAGAGCAAGUACACACAGACGAAGAAAUCUGGAAUGCUUUACGUACUGUGGGAAUGAACAAAAUUAUUUCAACGUUAAAUGCUAACAUUAAGAAAUUUGAGUUUAGUUGCAGUCAGAAUAGAUUACUGUGUUUAGCUAGGGUGUUAAUAAAAAAGAAGAAAAUAUUAGCUGUCGACGAAAUAGUCGAACACGUGGACACUAAGACAGAAAACUUAAUUUAUAAUAUUAUCAAUGAACACUUUAAAUUUUGUACUGUUAUUAAAAUAGCACACAGAUUAAAAUUUGUUCUUGAUUGCGACAAAGUGUUAGUGCUGGAUAACGGCAGCGUUGUUGAAUAUGAUAGUCCAGAAACUUUGCUGAAAAAUCAAAAUGGUUUGUUUUAUAAGAUGUAUAAUGUUCUACUUUAA